CAAAAUGUGAUGUCAUUGCUUUCCAAAUCUGGGUUCAACCCUUGUCAGUUAUCCUGGAUCCACUCAGCAUAACCAACUGUUGUUGGUUUGAAGUGAGGUUUUCAGGGUCCAACUGGUACCAAAACUGGAACACUGGAAUUCCCGCCGUUGGAUUCCAAGGUCGAGGGUCCUUGAGAUGCCUAUUUGGUCAAUUCCUCUUCUCGGCCACUUGGAGAUAUCGACAAGGGAAGCAUAUUCAUGAAACCGGAUUACCUUGACGAGACUUCGGCAUUUCUUUGUUCCUCGCUCGUGAACACCAGGUCUUAAGAAAACAUUUUGCCCGUUUUAAGAAUCUUGAUCAUGGCAACUGUGUCACCAUCAUAGCCCAUGACAAUAUGGCUGCUGUCAGACCUUUACAAUCCUGUUGAACAUCUUUGGAGUCAACAAUAUCUGCGGUGCCCGAUACCUCUCAACGACACUCUAUCUCCAGAGCAUACGUCACUUAUACACGCUGUUGAUGGUAAAGUGACACCUGGAACGAGAAAAAUGGAAACCCCGUAUGUGGACAAGCGUCCACGGUCGCCUUCACCUUCGUAUUCACCAUCACCGCCGCCUCCUACACGCCCCCGAAGACGAGUGAAGAAAGCCAUCGGCCAAGUUGGACGUGCAUCAGAAGUAGAAACGUCACAGGUCCUACCAGCCGUUGAGGAGAUUGUCGACUUGGUUCAUCAACCUAGAUCGGAACGGACGUCGCCCACAGAUGCACCACCUUCCAAGAGACCUUCUAGGCGGCGACGAAGAACGCAGAGCAGUUGGGCCGCAGCCCCAACGGACGACACUGUGCACGCUGCGGAGGAGAUUGUGGAUUUGGUCCAUCAAGUUCAACUGGAGCCUACAUCGGCGCCGAAUGUAGAGUCAUUGGAGCGGCCGCGCGGACGAAGAAGAAGGACACAGGGUGGUCAACAACAACAACUAGUUCAAGCAGCCCCUACUCAGACGUCUCCUACAACAUCCCCCGGUGGCUCGAGCUUAACCUUGAAGCUAGACUUAGACCUCGAAGUGGAGGUAUCAUUGAAGUCGACGAUUAAGGGAGAUUUGUUAUUGACAUUGUUUGCCUAAGUGGCAAUACACCUAUUAUGAUAUGAUGAUAUGAUGAUAGGGGUUUUGAAGAUAAGGCAGAACAAAACGAGAUUGGGUCAAUGCAAGAGUACCCCUCGCAAGAGGCAUGGCGUUUCUGGUUUUAGAUUGAAAUAGUUCUGUUGAACAGAAGUAUAUCGGACCUCGGAUUUAGUACAUUCAUUGUGUGUUAAAAGUAUUUUCUGAACAUAAUUUGGUGAAUUCAACAGAGUACAUAUUG